GCUCCGACCUAGCCAAGGUAUACUGUACCAAGUAACGUAUAUUGUACAACGUGUUGGGGCUUUGCCGUGCAGUAUCGACGCAGAGGACGUUUUGGUUCACGACAGCCUCGAUUCAAACAGCCCAACCGCAGAAUAUUCAAGCCAGAGGAACGCAUCAUUGAUCAUGGCGACACCCACCUCACCGUCCUCGCCGGCCGACACGGUCGCCUUUAUCGGCCUCGGUGUCAUGGGCUACCCCAUGGCAAUGAACCUCGUCAAGGGGCUCGGCGCAGAAAAGUCGUUUCUCAUCUGUGACGUACACGAGGAGUUCCUCCAGCGCUUUCAGAACGAGGCGCAGGGCAGAGCAUUGUCCGUGAGAACGGUGCCAAACGGCUUCGAGGCGGCACGAGCGGCGAACACAAUCAUCACCAUGCUGCCCACCCCCGGCGCAGUCAGAUCCGUUUACCUCGAUGACGAGACAGGCAUUUUAGCCGGUGCCCUGUCAGCCGGUGCCGCUCGGAAUCAUGAACCCGAACCAAAGCUCAUCAUGGAGUGCGGAACCAUCGAGACCGCCACCAUCAAUGCCGUCGCCAAGGCCACCCAAGAGCUCUCCUCCAGCAAGCUCUUCAACUCGCUCACCUUCGUCGACGCACCCGUCUCGGGCGGUCCCAUGGGCGCCGUGGCAGGCAGCCUGACCUUUAUGGUUGGCUGCCCCGCGGCGGCAUCCUCGGAGGGGAGCGUCUUUCCCCUGGUCAGGUCCUACCUAAAACACAUGGGCAACGAGAGCGGCAUCUUCCUGUGCGGCAAUGUCGGCGCGGGCACGGCCUUCAAGAUCAUCAACAACUAUCUGAGCGCAAUCACGUCGCUGGCAGCGUCUGAGGCGCUCAACAUGGGCGUCAAGGCGGGGCUGGAUCCCAAGCUGCUGACAGAGGUCAUGAAUGCCAGCAGCGGACAGUGCUGGGUGACGAGCAAGAGCAAUCCUGUGCCCGGGGUGCAGCCCCAUGUGCCGAGCACGAAUGGGUACGAGGGCGGGUUCAGGAUCGAGCUGUGCUCCAAGGUGUUGGGCAUGGGCACAAAGCUGGCGCAGGAGGUUGGCGCGAGGACCAUCUUGGAUGCGCCGACGCAAAGCGCGUUCGAGGAGGUCAUGAGAGAUGAGAGAUACCGAGGCAAGGAUGCGAGGGUAGUGUAUAAGUGGUUGAAUGAGAGCGACAGCGCCGAUAGAUGAGUAUAUGCACGAAGCAAAGCAGCUCAAGGCCGUCAGUAGUCUAGAUCUCAAACGAAC